CAACAGCACUGCAGUUUUACCGUAAGUCACGUGUUUGUUCUGGGUGCGUUGUCACACCGAAUAGGCGCGUGCGGGUAGGGCACUGAAGUACAGUAUUGUAUACCAGCCAGGAAGGACAGAAGAGGGACGCAGUCAUUGGCAUCCAGAUGGGCCGUUGGGAGGACCUUCUGAAGUUGGACCCGGACCAGCAGGUCAGGGUGAAUGAACUGUAUUCAGAAAGAUUUCCCAGAGAGAUCCGGCGAUGUCUGAGUCAGUGGAUUGAGUCCCAGGACUGGGAUUCUGCAGCAGAGGAUGCAGAUAAGGCCAACACAUGUUUCCAGAAUCUUCUGGUGUGCUUGGAUCAACAGCUGAAUUAUUCUGUCAGCAGGAAGAGUGUCCUGGAGGAGCCGAAUUACGAGUGGUUUAAGUAUUACCUGCAGAAACACUUUGGUGACCAACCGCAGAAGCUGGCAGCUCUUCUGUCUGAAUGUCUGAGGGAGGAGGACAAGAUCCUCGGCUCAAUGGGAACAGAGCACCCAGCUCAGCAAUGCCACCUGUUGGACAAACAUGUUGAGGACCUCAAGAAACAAAUCUUGGAAAUGAAAAAGGAGCUCAAGUCUUUGCAGGAUCUGCAGGAAAAUCUCAUCUAUGCGCAGAGCAACUGGCAGCCUCAAGUGGACUCCCCUAAUGGAAUGAAAGAGACGCUCGUGAAACUGGCCGACAUCAUGACGCAAACUGAAGAGAGGGUGCUGCAGCACAUGGUGGGCAUCUUACAGCAGAGUGAGCAAGUCGCAAUGACUCUCAUUACCGUGGAGCUGCCUCAGUGGAAGCAACGGCAACACAUGGCCUGCGUAGGACGUCCCAUAGACACCCGUCUGGAUCAUCUGCAGAAGUGGUUCACUGGUGUGGUGGAGGUGCUCAUGGAAUUACAGAGAGUGCUGGACAAGCUUCAAGCUCAGAAACAGGACGACACACAAGCCUCCAACCUUUCAAGAACUACAGCAGAAAUACAGGGGUUCAAUGUGUCAUUACUCACCAAGAUUUUGUCACACGCCCUGGUGGUUGAGAAGCAGCCGUCCAUGUCCACACUGCCACUGAGACCUCUCAUCCUGAGGACUGGGGUGCGAUUCUCCAUGGGCGUGAGAUUUUUGGCCAAUCUUCCAGAGUUCAAGUGUGCGCUCAAUGUGCAGCCUGUUUUUGACAAGGACAUCGAAGAGGCCAUGAAAGGGAAAGGAUUUCGUCACUUUGACUUCACCAUGGAUGGCCGUAAAGUGCUGGACAUGGACGCUCUGGAUGGAGGCUUGGUUGCAGUCUUCAACUCGAUGACUAUUGAAGAUACCAAAUCUGACAAAGGAACAUCAAAGUGUUCUGGCGCGGCAAGGAGAACCCGCUUGGGAGUCACAGAAGAACUUCACCUCAUCAAAUUUGUCUGCGACUUUCAGCAUGGGCUGCUGAAGUUAAACUUUGAGACCAGUUCUCUCCCUCUGGUGGUCGUGAAGAACACCAUUCAGUGCCCAAGUGCCUGGGCCGCCAUCAUGUGGUGCAGCUUGCUGCCCCCUGCUGACCUCGAGAACUUGUCAGUGUUUGCUGAACCUCCUCAAGUCCCCUGGACACAGCUGUCUGAGGUUUUAAGCUGGCAGUUUAGCAAAGUAGGCAAACGCGGUCUCGACCCGGACCAGCUCUCCAUGCUGCACGUGAGAAUUACAGGUGGCAACGCUGAGAUGGUGAAGUGGGGCCAGUUCAAGCUUGCUUGGACUUGGUUAGACGGAAUCCUGGAUCUUAUUAAAAAGCACCUGGUGGAUCUGUGGAGCGAAGGGCUCAUCAUGGGCUUCGUGACCAAGGAAAAAACCUUUUCCUUGUUGACAGAGAAGCCCUCCGGGACUUUCCUUCUGCGCUUCAGUGAGAGCAUCAUAGAGGGCGCCAUCAGCGUCAGCUACGUUGACCACCCUAACACAGGAGUGAGUGGAGAAGUGAUCCACGUGGAUCCCUUCCUCAAGUCUGAACUGGAGACCCAGUCCCUCCCAAACGUCAUCUACGACUACACCGUGGCAGUUCCGCUGAACCACUCCAAACACCCGCUGGUUUACCUGUACCCAGACAUCCCAAAAGACGCAGUCUUCAAACGUUUCUACAAAGACUCAGGGGACACCAUCACAGACAGCGGCUACGUGCGGAGGAGGAACGUUCCUGAGUCCCGACGCUCACCGCCUCUACCCCAAUUGCAGCCAGAUGAUUGGGCCAUGGAGACAGAUUUGGACUUCAAGGAGAUUUGGCCGGAGGUGGGGUCCUUUCUGACACAAAUGCCCUUCAGUGAAAACCUGCCUCCCAUCACCGCACAGGACUUGAACAGUUUCACUGCUGUGUAAGACGCUUCACAACAAUGACAUUGGACUCCAAUGGCAGUGCUGAAUCAACAAAUUGUAAUCAUGAGGGCGAACAAACAGUUUUACCUUGUAACGCUAACGUAAUGAAAUACUAGCUUGUAACGCUAUGUUGUUUGACUCAUCUCUGAGAAGACGUCUGUCCUUGUCUGCUGCAAACCAUGUGUUCUCAUUUCCACUUAACUCUUCAGACACUGUCGAUUUGAGCUGCAUUGUUGUCCAUCACUGCUGUGUGAUAAAGUUUCACGCAACAUCAACGGCCUCAAAACGCUUCUGGACAAUUGUGUCGUCGUGUGGUUGAGCUUUCUGGUCACGUCAGACCAAAAUCUGCUGAUGAGUUAAAUGUGUUUUUACAAGGCAUUUUCAAUGUUACUGAGUGAUCAAAUCAAAUGACAGGAACCAUUUAAACACUCGAAUUUUAUUUUGAUCUACAAUUCAAGAUACUGUAUUUGUGCAAUAGAGUGUAAACACCUGGAAUCGACGUCAACCAUCCAAGUUUGCAAUAAAGAUUUCUAAAAGC